GGUACUCAGCCUCGACAACUUCUCAAUUCUAAAAGCUUUCAAUGUUCUCUUCCUUUCAACAUUCCACUAAUAAUCAUCUACAUACUAAUUAAACACCUCUUCUUACACUACAGAUGGUCGCUUGAAAUAACGUCAACGACUGUUCCCUUAUCCUCUUAUUAUUCAUCCCAUUUAACUAUUAUCUUCUUUACAACACUCUCUUGCUGUCGUCGCCACGAUGGAGUACGACAACAUGAUGGAUGGUGAUUUCAAAGAGGAUUUCGGUCCUAGAGUUCAAGUUUCCGCGGCGGAUAACAAUCACGUCGACUUCGAGCUUAGCAAUGUUGAUUUGUCACUAGCCAACUCAAUCCGUCGCGUCAUGCACGCCGAGGUUCCGACCAUUGCCAUCGACCUGGUCGAAAUCGAAGCCAAUACCACGGUCCUAGCCGAUGAGUUUAUCGCCCACCGCCUUGGUCUAAUUCCCUUAGAUUCCCGUGAAAUCGAUCAACUCAACUACUCGCGCGAUUGUGAUUGCGACCAAAACUGUGGACGCUGCAGCGUUACCCUAACUCUACACGCCAAGUGUACUUCAGCCGAGAACAUGCACGUGUAUGCCCGAGAUCUAGUUGUUGGAUACGAUCGACCCAACAACCACAUCGGCAACCCUGUCAUCACGGACCCUGACAAGCUCGGUUCUUUGAUCUGCAAGCUAGGCAAGGAGCAAGAGAUAAAGCUCACCUGCAUAGCUAAGAAGGGGAUUGCAAAGGAACACGCCAAGUGGUCGCCAGCUUCCGCUAUCGGCUUUGAAUAUGACCCUCAUAACAAGCUACACCAUUUAGAUAUGUGGUACGAGCGGGAUGCCGAGUCUGAAUGGCCCAAGUCAAAGUAUGCCGAACUCGAAGAGCCUCCCGCAGAAGGACAGCCCUUCGACUACGAUGCUGUCCCAUCGCGAUUCUACUUCGAAGUGGAGAGUGUAGGCAACAUCGAAUCCGACACCAUUGUCUUGGAGGGUGUCAAGGAGCUACAAAGAAAGCUCGCUGGUCUAAUACAUGGUUUGGGUGAAAACGACGGCAUGAACGGAGAUUACGAUGGCCCACGCAGCCCGGACGCCAUGGACGCCACUGCAAGUUAUUUGCAAGAACCCGGUUAUACUACUCCCUAUGCUGGUGCCGGAGGAGCGAGCGCGUGGGGCGGUGGAGCCACAGCCUACGGAACGACGCCCUAUGGCAACUCAGGCUCCAAUGGAUGGAGUUAAAUGGGUUUUAUAUCCCUAGACGAUUCCGCGUCCUAACAAUUUUGAUGAUUACAACGGCAGCUUCUAUAAGCCUAUUUUAUACCAUAGGAAAACAACCAGUCCAAGGACAACUCCUAAAAGUUCUGGAUGUUGGUUUAAUAGUUGAUGAAUCAUGGCACGGAGUUUCGG